UCCCCUCGUCCCGUCCCCGUCGGUAGGUCGCUCGCCCGUUCGGUGCACCCGCCCCGCCCACGAGUUCCGUCCUCACCCCUCUCGCAUCCAGCGGGGAGCACCAGUCAGUUGCAGCAUCAGUAGCAGCAGCUCGAGCGCGCGCAAGGCAUGGCCACGGCGGCGCACAAGCCCCUGGCCGCGAUCACCGCCGACGACCUCGCUGCGGCGGGGGCGGCGGAGCCCGCCGCGCUCCACUCGGCGGUCCGCAGCGCGCUCGGCGCCGCCAGCGGCCGCGGGCCCGCCGCGGUGUGGGGGGAGCUCUCCCGGGGCGUGCUUCGCCCGGGACUGCCCUUCGCCGUCCACCGGAUGCUCUACUACGGCUGCUACGCCGGGUCCCCGUCCACCACGCCGCCCGCCUGGACGCCCGACCCCGACGAGGCCGCCCUGACCAAUGUUGGCCGCGUCCUGGAGGCGCGCGGGAGUGAGAUCAUCGGCCAAGCGUACAAGGACCCAAUCACCAGCUUCCGGGACUUCCACAAGUUCUCCAACGAGAAUCCAGAGGCAUAUUGGAAGAUGGUCUUCGAGGAGAUGGGCAUCACAUUCAGCGUGGCCCCAUCCUGCAUCUUGCGUGACAGUGAUGCGUACCCCGGUGGCGAAUGGUUGCCAGGGGCUGUGCUGAAUGCUGCUGCGAAUUGCCUGACUGCUAAACCUGGAAGAACUCCCAGCAACGUUGCCAUUGUGUGGAGGGAUGAGGGGAAGGAUUCCGAGCCCCUCAACUUUGUGACUGUGGAGGAGUUGAGGAAAAAAGUUUGCCUCGUGGCAAAUGCGCUCGAUGCACUUAAUCUGGCAAAGGGAUCUGCUAUUGCAAUUGACAUGCCUAUGAAUGUGAAUGCUGUUACUAUCUACCUCGCGAUCGUGUUAGCAGGGUACAUUGUUGUCUCGAUUGCAGACAGCUUUGCUGCACCUGCAAUAUCAAUGAGGCUAAAGAUUUCAGAGGCAAAAGCAAUUUUCACCCAGGAUUGCAUCCUUCGUGAUGACAAGGAACUUCCAUUGUAUAGUAGAGUUGUGGAGGCCAAAGCCCCUAUGGCUAUCGUGAUCCCUGCAAGGGGAUCAUCAACAUCUAUAAAAGGAUUCCGUGCUGAUGACCUUUCCUGGGAAGAUUUUCUUGGAAGGGCUGAUCAUACUAAGGCUGAUAUUUAUACCACAGUAGAGCAACCUGCCUACCAGUUCAGUAAUAUCCUAUUUUCAUCGGGGACCACAGGAGAGCCAAAGGCGAUUCCGUGGACACAUUUGACCCCUCUUAAGGCAGCUGCUGAUGGAUGGUGUCACAUGGAUAUUCGUAAAGGUGAUGUUGUUGCGUGGCCUACAAACCUUGGUUGGAUGAUGGGUCCCUGGCUUGUCUAUGCCUCACUAUUGAAUGGAGCAUCCAUGGCGCUGUAUAAUGGCUCCCCGAAUAGUUCAGGUUUUGCAAAGUUUGUACAGGAUGCUAAGGUGACAAUGCUUGGAGUGGUACCCAGCAUUGUUCGCACAUGGAAAAGUACAGAUUGUACUGUAGGAUUUGAUUGGUCAACCAUCAGAUGCUUUAGCUCAACUGGGGAGGCAUCAAGUGUGGAUGAUUAUUUGUGGCUGAUGGGAAGAGCUUGCUACAAGCCAGUAAUCGAGUACUGUGGUGGCACAGAAAUUGGUGGUGGAUUUAUUACUGGAUCCCUGCUGCAACCUCAAGCAUUGUCAGCAUUCAGUACACCUGCCAUGGGUUGCAACCUGUUUAUUCUUGACAGCAAUGGGAAUCCCCUACCACAGGAUUCUGCUGGUAUUGGAGAACUUGCGCUUGAUCCAACAUUAUUUGGGUCAUCAACGACACUGCUAAAUGCUGAUCAUCAUGAGGUGUACUUCAGUGGAAUGCCAGAAUGGAAUGCGAAAGUCCUCCGGAGGCAUGGCGAUGAAUUUGAACGUACCACAGAAGGAUAUUAUAGGGCUCAUGGGCGUGCAGAUGAUACAAUGAACCUUGGUGGCAUUAAGGUAAGUUCCAUCGAGAUUGAGAGGAUCUGCAACAGGGUGAAUGAUGCCAUUCUUGAAACUGCGGCUAUUGGGGUUCCACCUGUAGGGGGCGGCCCCGAACAGUUGACCAUAGCCGUCGUAUUCAAAGAUCAAAGUCCGCAAGCAGAAGAUUUGAACCAACUGAAACUAAUGUUCAACUCUGCUCUGAAGAAAUUGAAUCCUCUUUUCAAGGUUUCAUCGGUCGUUGUGGUGCCAUCGCUCCCUCGAACCGCCUCAAACAAGGUCAUGAGGAGAGUCCUACGCAAGGAGUUCACCCAGGCAAAGCACUCUAAAAUCUAGUAGACGUGAGGAAGUGUAUUCUGCGCCUAUUAAAAUUUCAGGGAAUUGCACACCAAACUGUGAAUAUAUACGCACCAGCUCAUGCUCAUGUCUUCAGAAAUUCAGGUGUAUUAUCACACAUCCAUUGUACAGCGAGGCUAAUUCACAUUGAUUCUGACAUUGCAGAUAUAAGGUACUAAUAAAGCAUGAUUGCUGCCAUGUACGUACUGUUUUGUUUCCAUAAUAAAGAAAUUAUCAUUGGCGGUA